AUGGAUGCUCAUGAAAUUGGGUUUGGUGAUGACUUUGAUGUUGAUGGGUUUGCUUCGAUGGGUAUCGAGAAGAAGAGAUUCGGGCGUGAGCUUGUGGCUGAUUUGGGGGGAGAUGAGUUUUGCUCUGUUGUGUCGAAUGGGUCUGAAACUGAAUUGGAGGAGGAGGAAAUCGUGGUGGGUUGUUAUAUAGAAAACAUAUAUAAACUUGAUAUAUACGAGUCUGGGUGUUUGGAUGAAGCAGUUAUUGGCCGCAGAAACUUGGGGAUGCCCCAAACCAAAGAAGCGUCUCUCUCUGCAUCUGAACUUAUGAUGCUGAGAGAAGCAAAACUUGUGGGGGUAGGCCUCAUAACACUCCUCCACUUUAGUUUUCUUUCAUUUUGCGCUGCUAGUGAAAACCAGCCCUGCAGGCCCUCUUCUUGCGGAGAUAUUCAAAACAUCAGCUACCCAUUUCGAUUAAAAGGUGACCCGCUUGGCUGUGGUCAUCCUGAUCCUGCAUACGAAUUGGCUUGUGAAAACAGCCGUACAAUCUUAUAUGGGAAAUACCAUGUUGCGGAGAUCAACUACGAUAACUAUACCAUCAGAGUUGUAGUUGUUGGGCUAGAGAAGAGCAACUGUUUCUCCCUUCCUCUCUAUUCCUUGACAAUAGAUGAUCUAUAUGUAUAUGAGUAUAAAUAUCUUCAUGAACCGGAUACUGUACUUUUGAUGAACUGUGCAAGACCAAUCUUUGAUCAAUACUACAUUCCUAUUGUUCCCUGCAACCGCACCGAUGCUACUUUCUCUUCCUCACAACCAUAUGCUUAUGCGCUCGCUGGAGGCUACAAGCAGGUGAAAGAUCUUCCAUAUUCGUGCACCAUUGGCUCGACUGUUGUUACUCGCAGUUUCAUGGCUGUUUCAGAGCCCUGCAAUCUUUCAAGCUCAGAUUUGCAAGAAAAGCUGCUUAUGGGGCUCCAGCUUUCAUUUUUGACCUCCCGCUGCCUUGAAUGCACAGCGAAUCACAGCUGGUGCAAACCAAAUUUCAGCAACAACACUAUACGAUGCCUGGAUGAUGAUAGAAGAAACUGGCUUCAGAAGUUGAAAGAUGUACUGGUGUCAGUGGGGUUGUUUUUUCUCAUAGCAAUCAUUGGAGGACGCUUUCUACUUGGGAUAUCUUGUCUUUUGGGCUAUUUAAUCUACAAGUUUCGACAGAGACAUUUAUCAUUAGAUGAUGAUAUUGAAGAGUUUCUUCAAAAUCACAAGAAUCUCCAACCCAUCAGGUACUCAUAUUCACAUUUAAAGAAAAUAACCAACAAUUUCAAGAAUAAGUUAGGCCAAGGAGGCUUUGGCUCUGUGUACAAAGGAAUACUUCAGAGUGGCCGCAUUGUAGCAGUAAAAGUAUUGGUCAUGUCAAAAGCCAAUGGACAAGAUUUUAUCAAUGAAAUUGCCACAAUUGGAAGGAUUUACCAUGUCAAUAUAGUACAACUGGUUGGAUUUUGUGUAGAAGGAUCAAAAUGGGCCCUUAUAUAUGACUUUAUGCCAAAUGGGUCACUUGAUAAGUUUAUCUUCCUUAAAGGAGAAAAACACAUUCCUUUAAGUUGGGACAGAUUGUACAAAAUUGCACUUGGAGUAGGGCGUGGGAUUGAUUACUUACAUCAAGGGUGUGACAUGCAAAUUCUGCAUUUUGAUAUCAAGCCACACAAUAUUCUUUUGGAUGAAGACUUUACACCAAAAGUUUCGGAUUUUGGCCUUGCAAAACUAUAUUCAACAAAUGAAAGUGUUGUAUCUCUCACUGCAGCUCGAGGAACAUUAGGAUACAUUGCUCCAGAGUUGUUUUAUAAAAACAUUGGACAUGUGUCGUAUAAGGCUGAUGUUUAUAGUUUUGGAAUGUUGUUGAUGGAAAUGGUGGGAAAACAAAGACAUUUUAGUAGACAUCAAGAGCAAGAUCUAAGUGAAUUAUUCUUCCCGUCAUGGAUUUAUGAUCAAAUUGAACAAGGAGAAGAUAUGGAAAUGGGAGAUGUCACAGAGGAUGAAAAGAAAUAUAUAUGGAAGAUGGUCAUAGUUGCAUUGUGGUGUGUGCAAAUGAAGCCCAUGGACCGUCCUUCUAUGAGCAAAGCACUUGACAUGUUGGAUGGUGAUGUUGAACUAUUGCAACUACCUCCUAAACCUACCUUAUAUUCUCAUGAAAUAUCAGCUUUGGAUCGGGAGAACAAACCAAUGGGGGUUCAAAUUUCCUCACAUAAUGCAAGUAUUACAAUUAGCUUAGAUGGGAGAUAA